AUGGAUGAAGAGUAUGGUGCUUUAAUGCGUAAUAACACAUGGCACUUGGUUCCCGCAACUCAGGGACGCAAUCUGAUUGAUUGCAAAUGGGUUUAUAAGAUAAAAAGGAAGGCUGAUGGUACUAUUGAUCGGUACAAGGCUCGUUUGGUUGCUAAAGGGUUUAAGCAACGUUAUGGUAUUGACUACGAAGAGACUUUCAGUCCUGUAGUCAAGGCGGCCACAAUUAGACUAAUAUUGUCACUAGCAGUCUCUAAUGGAUGGUCUUUGCGACAGCUAGAUGUUCAAAAUGCUUUUCUUCAUGGAGUUCUUGAAGAAGAUGUUUAUAUGCGUCAGCCACCUGGUUAUGAAGACAAGUCAAAGUUGGAUUAUGUGUGUAAAUUAGAUAAAGCACUCUAUGGUCUCAGGCAUGCACCAAGAGCAUGGUUUUCCAGACUAAGCAUGAAAUUGCAGAAUCUUGGAUUUCAACCGUCAAAAGCAGAUGCUUCGCUCUUCUUUUACAAGAAAGGUACAAUCUCCAUAUUUGUGUUGAUAUAUGUUGAUGACAUCAUUGUUGCUAGUUCUUGUGAAAAAGCAACUUCGGCAUUACUUCAAGAUUUGAAAGAAGAAUUUGCCCUUAAGGAUCUUGGUGCGUUGCACUAUUUCUUGGGCAUAGAAGUUAAUAAAGUUCAUGAUGGAAUUAUCUUGACUCAAGAGAAGUAUGCUACUGAUCUGUUAAAACGUGUCGGCAUGCAUGGCUGCAAGGAGAUCAAUACACCGUUAUCAACAACAGAUAAAUUAUUGGCGAAAGAAGGUGAGCCUCUAGGUGCGGAGGACUCUACAAGGUAUCGAAGUAUUGUUGGUGCGUUACAGUACUUGACAUUGACCAGACCGGAUAUAGCUUUUCCGGUAAAUAAAGUUUGCCAAUAUCUACAUGCUCCCACUUCAUUGCACUGGACAGCAGUUAAGCGCAUAUUGAGAUAUCUCAAAGGAUCCUUGGGACUUGGUCUUCGAAUUUGCAAGUCAGAUUCAACUCUAGUAAGUGCGUUCUCAGAUGCUGAUUGGGCAGGAUGUCCAGAUGAUCGCAAGUCCACUGGAGGGUUUGCAGUAUUCUUGGGAGCUAAUCUGAUUUCUUGGAAUGCUUGGAAGCAGGCAACUGUUUCAAGAUCAAGUACCGAAGCAGAAUACAAAGCCUUGGCAAAUGCUACUGCAGAAAUUAUUUCGGUUCAAACCUUACUCAAGGAACGCGGCAUAGCUCAGCCGCGGGCUGCAUGCUUGUGGUGUGACAAUAUUGGUGCGACCUCCUUAUCAGCAAAUCCAGUCUUCCAUGCGCGAACUAAGCACAUAGAAGUGGAUUACCACUUUGUGCGUGAACGAGUGUCUCAAGGGUUGCUGGAUAUUCGGUUUGUUCCUUCAGGAGAUCAAGUAGCAGAUGGCUUCACCUGUAACCGACCUAGAAGGCAAUAUAUACAAGGCGGCCUCCAUUGUGGAGGUUAA